AUGGGAUGGGAUGAUGUGAGUUUCCAUGGCUCAAAUCAAAUUUUGACUCCAAAUAUAGACCUGCUGGCGUACACUGGGGUGGCUUUAGAACGAUAUUACAGUCAUUGUAUAUGCACGCCUACAAGGUCCGCUCUCCUCACGGGCAAAUUCGCCCACGUGACUGGUAUGCAAGGGUAUCCUUUAACAAACGCAGAGGACAGAGGUCUACCUACUACAGAGAAAAUUCUUCCCCAAUACUUCAAAGAUGCUGGUUAUGCCACUCACUUGGUUGGGAAGUGGCACGUGGGCCAAUCGCGAAAGGAAUAUUUACCGACAUAUCGAGGGUUUGAUUCCCAUUUUGGACAUAGAGGAGGAUACAUAGACUACUAUGAAUAUAAUUUGUUGGAAAACUGGAGUAUCGGAGAUGUCUCAGGAUUCGAUCUUUUCCGAAACGAAACGGCUGCUUGGGAUGUGGAAGGAUACAUAACGGAUAUUUAUAAUGAGGAAGCGAAAUCAAUUAUAAAAUCGCACGAUAUUUCAAAGCCAUUAUUCUUAAUGGUAGGCCACAACGCGCCUCAUUCGGCUAACGAAGGUGCUCUGAUGCAAGCGCCGCCUGAUAUCGUUCGUGCGAUGGGAUAUAUUGAUUUGCCUCAAAGACGUUACUAUGCUGCAAUGGUAAAAAAACUAGAUGAUAGCAUAGGAGACAUUAUAAAGGCAUUAUUAGAUAAAGGAAUUUUAGAAAACAGCAUUAUAGUGUUUAUAUCUGACAACGGCGGUAUGACAACACAAGAACAAGCUAAUUACGCGUCUAACUGGCCUUUGAGAGGCGUUAAAAUGAGUCCAUUCGAGGGAGGUAUUAGAGUUAACGGCCUAAUAUGGACCAAAAAUUUGACAAAUUCCGAACAUUUAUGGAAAGGAUAUAUGCACGUAUCUGAUUGGACACCAACAAUAUUAAGUGCAGUCGGUAUUGAACCUCCAUCUGGUAUAGAUGGUGUAGAUUUAUGGCAAACAAUAAAAAGUAAUAGAGAAUCCAAGAGAGAUGUUAUUGUUGAAAUUGAUGAUUAUACUGGUUUUGCUGCAAUUAUUAAAGGAGAUUAUAAAUUGAUAACUGGUACGGUUAAGGCAGAAUAUAGCAAUUAUCAAGGUCAUGUAUUUAAAGGGGUCACAAGGCCUCCACCAUCAUAUGAAGAUGCUAUUAGGAACAGUGCGAUGUAUACAACUCUUUCAGAUAUUGGAAUAGAUUUUAAAAUAUCAGAUAUUGAAUUGAGAAAUAAAAUUAAAAUAUCAUGCAAUGAAAAUAAAGGAUCUGAAAAUAUUUGUUAUCCUAGCAAUGAAACUUGGUGUUUAUUUAACAUAAAAAAAGACCCAUGUGAAUCACAAGAUUUGUCAUCAGCGCAUCCAGAAAUUGCGAACAAAUUGUACACUCGAUUACAGAUUGAAAUAAAACGAACUAUACCCAGGAAAAUAGUGCCUCAUGAAGUAAACUUAAAGUCUAAGCCUAGUUUACAUAAUAAUACGUGGGAUGUUUGGCAUCCGUCGGAAAACAAAACA